CACAGGGUUUGAAAGAUGGCGGACGACGUGGGCGAGCAACAAACUACCAACACCAUAGAAGAGCCCCUGGAUCUCAUCAGGCUCAGCCUGGAUGAGCGAAUUUAUGUGAAAAUGAGAAAUGACCGAGAGCUUCGAGGCAGAUUACAUGCAUAUGAUCAGCAUUUAAAUAUGAUAUUGGGAGAUGUGGAAGAAACUGUGACUACUAUAGAAAUUGAUGAAGAAACAUAUGAAGAGAUAAAUAAAUCAACAAAACGGAAUAUUCCGAUGCUUUUUGUCUGGGGAGAUGGUGUUGUACUAGUUGCUCCUCCAUUAAGAGUUGGCUGAAACAGAGUUUAUCAUGUAUGGAAUAUAGGAGAUUUUGUAUGAUUGCCUCUUUAAAUGUAGAAGACAUCCAAAAGAGAAACCUGCGUUCAUUUUGAUAUUAAGAAAUGACUAAGGAUUCUUCCACUCCUGAAAUGAGUUGAUUUGCAGAUAACUCAAAAAUUCUUAAGCUAAAGGGCAUUUUAAUUUUUUUCCAACUCUUUCAAUAAAUGUGAUCACCAGGAUGCAAAAAAAAUUUUUUUAAUUUUAAAAAAAUUUUAAAAAAUCUCUACUCUAUUUUUCUCUCCUUUUCCAUCCUUUUUGAUCUUCCAAUUUUAUACAUUUUAGAUGUCUUUAUUAGAAUUUUACUUGGUUUUUGGGAAACCAGAGGUGGAAAGUGAAACUUUGAACAGAAAUUCCUAGUCUGUUCUUCGUAAAAAAGUCAUAGGAAGGGAGGUAGUACUGGUUAUGGCCUCGGUUUGACACACCCAUAUUUUUAUACAUUGUUUAUUGGAAUGUUGGGCUGAAAAUAGAUAUUCAGUGCCCAAUUUAAGAAAUCAAAAAGUACAUCUGAAAAGAAUUUUAUAAAGCAAUCUUCAUUUUCUUCUAUCUUCUUAAAUUUUCAUGGUUUUAUGUGUGAAUUUAUGUAUACUUUUUUCCCUUUAUGAUACUAUGGUUUGAAUGAUUGGGUAGGGUUAAGUUGGAGCUGGUAUGAAUGAGAUUGUAAAAAAAGUAUUUCGGUCUAAAUCUUCUAAUCUUUUUUUAAGACUUUGAACAAUAGUAAAUAUCUAAUCCAACAAUCACUACUUCUUACAGAUAUUUUUGCACACUUAGAUUUAUAUUUUAACUCAAAUUUGAAGUUCACUUUUUUCAUUGUAGUCUCAUUUUAUAUAAAGAUAGCUGAUUUCUAAAUAGAGAUCUGAAAGCUAAAAUAAUACAUUAUAAGAACUCAAAUGUUGCUAUUUUUAAAAAUCCUGUUCUAUCUUUAUUGAUUAAUCCCUUACUUGAAUUUCAGUGGAAAGUAUCUCAUCUAGAACAUAGCAUGCGAGUAUCUUAGUAGGUUAUAUGGUAGAGAAUUUAUCAAGUGUUGCUUCUUAGAACUUAAGAUUUUUUUCAUCAAACUACAUAAGGAGGCAUUUCAGUUUUUCAGAAGAGAAUAUUGGGAAAACUUAUGUGACAUCAGGAUGUUCAAAUAGUGUUUAAUUCAAAUAGGAUUUCAGGGUUAAUAUCUUCUAAUUGUCCUGCCAACUUUUAAACAGAUUACAUGUUUGAUUUUAACUUUUGUUUUUCUUUUAAGCAUUUUUUAGACAUGUUUUAGACAUCUUUGGAUAAUCUGUU